GCGACUUUUGCCUCGAGCAUUUUCGCAAGUAUGCCUGGAACGCGUCGAGAUUCGCACAGCGGCGACGUUGUUGCUCCGAUCAACUACUUUCCGGCUACAGGUAUUCCGAUACCCAAGUCCGCGUGGAAAACGCCAUUCUUGGAUGACCACAACGAAUACACUCGUCAGAUGCUCAUUAGGGAUGUACGAACGAGCAAUAGAACGUUUGAUCUUGAUGAGAAUGGAUUCAAAUUCGUCACAUUACCCCAGAAAGACCGGGUUGGCCGUGAAAGCACGGAAGAAGACGUCAAGCGCGAGUACUACCCAGAAGUGGAAGAAAUAGUAAAGAACUUGACCGGCGCAACAACCGCCUAUGGAUUCAACCACGUAAUGCGUGCGCACUCAUCGCCAAACGAAAAAGGCAUCCUCGAUAGCAAAGGCCGUUGGCAAGACAUACCGUCUGGGCACCCGCAUGUCGACUACGCGGGCAGUGCUUCUGCCAUGGCUGGUACCCAGAUCGAGCUCGACCUGCCUCCCCACAUCUCCGCCCUAUUUCCCAGCAGCCGGCGCUUCGCCUUCCUGGGCGCGUGGCGGCCUCUGAAAACAGUGCGAAAAGACCCUCUCGCCGUGUGCGACGCUGCUACCGUCCCCGACUCGGAUUACCAGAUCCGCCAGCGCGAGUUCAGCCGCACGGGGAACAAGAGCGAGAACUACGUCAUGAGCCAUGGUGAGCAGGCCAGACAGGUGCAUGAGUGGUGGUACAUGAGUGAGAUGCAGCCGUGGGAAAUGGUUGUCUUCAAGGGGUAUGACACCGAGAGGGCGUUGCCUGGGUGGAGGUGUCCGCAUACGGCGUUUAGACUGCCUGGGAGUGAGCGCGAGGCGCCGAGGGAGAGUAUUGAGACGAGGAUUGUAGCGUUCUGGGAGUAGUGGGUGUAGAUUACGUUUGUCUACCUCUCAAUAUCAAGUACUAGCCUCUAUUUGUGUGGAUUUGUCUAAUUAUUCUCUUCAUA